CUCGUGUUGUUCCUCGCUGGUAAGCCCAGUUCGCACUACCCUAGUAUUUUAGUCAAAUAGCGAGUAUUUAGUAGCUCUCUCGCUUCGAUUUUGAGUCAGAAGCGGGAGAGCUACUAUAUACGUACUCGCUACUCGACUAAAAUACUACCGUAGUGUGAACAAGGCUUCAGCGUGACAGCCGUCGGCGCUGAUUUGUUUGUGUGCAUUUACCGACGCCGCAGCUAACCGGCCAGUUGUGCCUACGGGAGUGAGUGACGUGAGUAAAGCCAGCCUGGUGGUAGGCCGGGCUACAACGAAGCGUGUAGGUGGAAGCGUGGUGAGCACAGGGCGCAUGCGCCGGGCGCGCACCGGGCCCUCGCAGCCGACGCGGGUGCCGCGCAGGCUGCGGCUGCCGCCCCACCUGCUCCUGCACGUCGGGCUCGUGCUCUCCGGCCUGGGGUUCCAGUACAGCAAUCAAAUCAAAUGGACGGAGACCAGGGCCUGACAGAUUCUGAAGUACUAUGGAUAGACGAGCGUCCCUCCAUAGCGGCCGUCGGCAAAAUGAGCAAGUCCCAAGACAGCCACCACUCGGAAACGGUGCACCUCCAGCCCGUGGGCGAGGCCGCACAGCCAGGGUCCAAGGAGUUCGAGUCCGAGUACGACCCGCACGAGCAUCGCCAGCUGUCGAACCCAACGAACAAUUGGGAGACUUUGGUGCAUCUUCUCAAAUGCAGUUUGGGUACCGGCAUCUUGGCGAUGCCGCAAGCAUUCGCUCGCGCCGGCUUAGUCACCGGCGUGCUGGCGACCAUCAUCGUCGGCGUCUUGGUAACUCACUGCCUCCACGUGCUGGUUCGAUCGCAGUACGCGGCGUGCCGGCGCCUGAGAGUUCCGCUUCUUACCUACCCCCAGUCUAUGUCGGCGGCACUCGAGGCAGGUCCGCCACCACUGCGCCGCUUCGCCGGUUCGCUCGCUACCACCGUCGACAUCUUCCUGGUCGUCUACCAGCUCGGGAUAUGUUGCGUCUACAUCGUCUUCAUCGCUGAUAAUAUUAAAAAGAUGGUCGACCCGUACUAUGCGAUGGCAGUGGAAUUCCACAUGCUCAUAAUCCUGGGCCCACUGAUCGCCUUCAACCUGAUCCCGAGUCUGAAGCUGCUGGCUCCAUUCUCGGCGCUGGCUAACGUGCUUACCUUCGUGGGGCUGGGAAUAGUGGUCUACUACCUACUCACUAACAAGAAAUCGGACGCACCCCUAGAUCUCUGGGGUUCACCUUCCACAUUCCCGCUCUUCUUUGGGACCAUCUUGUUUGCAUUGACAGCAGUUGGAGUGGUGAUCGCCCUGGAGAACAACAUGGCCACUCCGAAGGCGUUCGGCGCGCCGUGCGGGGUGCUGAACAGCGGCAUGAUGGUGAUAGUGCUGCUGUACGUGGCGGUGGGCGCGCUCGGCUACGUGUUCUGCGUGUCCGAGUGCAGCGACUCCGUCACGCUCGACCUGCCACAGGGACCGCUGGCGACUAGUGUGAUCGCAAUGUUCGCGGUGGCCAUCUUCAUCAGCUACGGGUUGCAUUGCUACGUGCCGGUGGAGGUGGUGUGGCGCGGCUACCUGUUGCCGCGCCUGCAGCGCUCGGGGACGCCACCCGCGCGCCUGCGCCUCGCCGAGUACGGGUUGCGCGUUGCACUGUGCCUACUUACCUUUGUGCUGGCGGUGGCGGUACCUCGGCUGGGGCUGUUCAUCUCUCUGUUCGGUGCGCUGUGCUUGUCCGCCCUGGGCAUCUGCUUCCCGGCACUGAUGGAGAUGUGUGUGUCGUUCCCGGACAAGUUCGGACCGGGCCGCGUUCGCCUGCUCAAAGACGUGGUGCUGUUCAUAGUGGGAGUGGUGGGGCUGGUGGCCGGCACGUACACGGCGCUCGUCGCCAUCGUGCGCUCCUUCAUGCCCGCGGAGGCGCCACCGCUGCACGCCUAGCCUGCGCGCGCUAGACUAUUAUUCCAAGGACAGUCUCAUGCAUUGCUCCCGCCAUCAGACUUGUAAAAGUAGUAGACUCACAUUAUAAUUGCUUCAUGAUAGGAUUACACCAUGUCAGUAUUUAGAUGAUAAGUUAAAAUGGCAGAUAACCUGGACGCUGGUUGUAUACCCACGUCACGCCGCACGUCGUCCACGUGAUGCGCAGUUCGAUAUUGAUUUAAUUGUUACUUUGAUUAAUUAUAAUUUUAUAUAAUUAAUUUGUUAUUUGUAUAAUUUAUAGCAAUCGUACCUGCGUUAAUUUUUUUUAUGUAAAAUAAAGAAUUUUGAUAAAUGAA